AUGAAGGAGCUGUACGAUGGAACAAAGGUCACUGUGGUUGAGCACCCAACCCUCAACGUCUCGCGAUGCGUCGUUAGCUGCCGAGACGCAGCUAGCAUGUCCGAAGCCGAAUUAUUCGCCGAGCUAGAAGAACAAGGAGUUAAAGAGGUGAGACGCAUUACACGUAAAAAUGGUCCUGUAAGAGAGAACACACCAUCCAUAGUUAUCACUGUCCGUGGAACUAUUAUACCUCCCUACAUCGAUUUUGGUUUCAUUCGUUGUCGCACGAGGCCCUACUACCCGGCCCCCUUGCAAUGCUUCCAAUGCUGGGAUUUUGGCCAUACAGGUAGUAGAUGCCAGGCUAAAAAGCCAAUCUGUGGUAACUGCUCAAGAACGCAUCCCAUCGCUGAAGAUAAGAGUUGCCAGCAAACAAGGUUUUGCUACAAGUGUGAAAGUAGCGAGCAUGCACUAUCCGAGCGAUCAUGCCCUCUGUACAAGGGUGAAUUUGAAAUUCAGCGUAUAAAAGUGGACCAAGGAUUGUCAUACGCAGUAGCGAAGCGAGCAUUCGAAGCCAGGAGUGGCCCAAAAGCGUACGCCACCGUAACACAGGUCGAUAAUGAGGAGAACACUGCCCUACUUAGCCGAAUUGAUCAACUGACAACUCAACACAAGGAAAAGGAUAAUAUCAUAGAAGAGCUGCGUAACGCCCGCUGUAAUCAAAGGCAAUUAGCAAAUGAAGUUCCACCAAUCCGAAAUUCUAGUGGUUCACCAUAUGAGCAGCUUCGUAUAUUAGUUGAUGAACAAUCUGCACAAAUUGCAGCCUUAACGGAUCAAGUGAGUAAUUUUCUGGCGGCUGUUAUGCCAGCCCAGUCAAUUUCCACAAUCAGCAAUACCCCUCCCUACCACUCAAGCGACAGGAGCAAUUAA